UUAUAUAUUUACUAAUUCAUAGAUAUUUCUAUGAAUUAAUAUUUUCGUAAAUGAAGGUGUAAUCUUUAAUACAGAAAAUCUUUCGUUCGCAAACUUUGUUUUUAAUGAUCGUCAAAAUGAUUCCUAAUUAGAUUUUUAGGUAACUAUCAGUUUAAUUCUUCGUAUCAUAAUACUGUCGAAGAACUGUCUAUUUUUCGUGAAACUAAUUUUGAAAUUUAUUUACUAUGAGAUAGUCCUUUCGUUGAUUUCUUUCGUAAAUAAUGCACUCCUUCGAACAGCUUCUACAAUCAUAACGGUUUCAUGCGGUUUAAUGUAUUCGAAUUCAGUGACAACACCUGAGAAACAAGAGCUUCGAGCUCUUAAAACCGCAAGAUAUACUAGAAUAACGUGGACGUGUCGCUUAUAUUUCAAUUAGAAAGUAAUAGGGGCUGAUCUGUCCUACUAUAUUCGGUUUUGCACUUGUCGACCUUGUUUGCAGUGGUCGCGUCUAGCUGCGUCGUUAUGGCGCCAUAACGAAUUUUUUAAGGUUACCAUAGGACAGAUCUGAAACUCGAAAACGGUAUGGUUGUCGGGAGGAUCUUGCAUUUAGGACUUGUCGUGACGGUGCUCGUGAAUCUGCGCUUUCUAGCUGGGGAGAAUUCGAGCACUGACGCGAAGUGUCAGUUCGGCAAAACCUUGCGUAAACAAGUGAACGCGGAACUACUCAAUGGGACAUGUUUACGAGACAUCGUGGCCCGACUGUCAAACGAGUUUCGCUCGAUGACGGACAUGGAACUUGGUUUAACGUCCUUUCAAAAGAUGCUCGAUGCCAUGGAAUUCACGAACGUCUCGAACAACCUGAAUACGAGAUUGAAUUUGUUAAUCGACAAAUUAAAUAACAAGCUAUCAUCCUACGUGGAACUCCUUGAGCAAAGCUACAAUGUUGUACAGCCGAUUUUGUCUUCAACCGAAGAGCAAUUUAUUCGUUCUGGCUCUAUGUACAGAUUGGAUGUAAUAUCUAGUAAACUUUCCGACUUUUGCUCGCAGGUCAUGCAAGCACUGGUAAUUAAUUUGAGGAAUCAGGAAUGGAAGAACGUACAUUUACUACCUUUUAUGUACCCUGCAACGAUUUGUGGCCCACCCAGUUCAGGCCAUAACAUCGGACCUCUUUUAUUGUCUCAGUAUUGCCCAAGAAAGAAUGUAGUCCUGCUACUCGAGCAUGGUGCAUUUAUGUCUGAAGGGGACAUCACUUUAGCUCAAAUAACUGCAGAAACAAUAAUCGAUAUGUUGUCUCAGACAGAUCGUAUUAACGUUAUCGGUCUUUCUAGUAACAAUACUAUACAUUGCAAAGAUGGUUUGCUGAAAGCGACGGAUGUCAAUAAAUUUCAGUUAGCGCGUUAUAUUCACAGUUUAUCCAGAACAGAAACGAACGACUCCAUAGAGUUUAACUUUGAUAAAUUGAUACAGACUAUAAAAGGUCAAGUGGUAUUCGUGCACUUGACUAACAUGCUCAAAGUUACCCCACACAUAACAAAAAUAAACGAUAUACUGUCGUCAGGGAAAGCGAAUGGCUAUUUAAAGACAAUACUGAUUCUUUCGGAUCAAGAACCACAUUCAAACGUUAAACAGUACAAUGACAGUGUCGUAAUCCUUCCAACACAAAAUAUACUAGGAUACGAAAUAUCAAAAUUAUUUUUUGGUCUGAAGUGUUCUGAGGAACACAAAAAAAAUUACUAUUUGUCCGAUCCAUACUUUGACUUGUAUAGCAAGACGAUGACGAUGUCUAUUGGACAAAUUACAGACAAAGCAUUGAUAUCCUUAGACAUUCAAUUACGAAACUUUCUGGACGACAUAACGUAUUUUAACGCAGGUCCACAAGUAUAUCCGAUAUUAUUCGACGAUAAAGGCAUAGUUUGGAUACACAAAGAUUUUCCAAGAAUCGAGACAAUGGUGGAUCAGCCCCUUAAAGUUAAACUGCAGCAUAUAGAAAAUAUUAGCCCUGAAACUGUAAAAAUGAUGAUCGAACGAUACGAAGGCGUCGUGAACGUGACAACGAAACUUGGAGAACAGAAGUGGUAUCGUUGGAAACAUUUGACGUACAAGGAUUUGAUAGUAUGCUUAGUAUCAGCGAGCAACGAAAGUACAUCGUCCAUGGCGAAAGUAGUUCCGACAUUAUCAACAAAUAUUUUGCAUCAUCGUCUUGACCUUUUGAUGCACAGUAUUGCCGACAAAGGCAUCCUAUGUACUUACAAUAAUAAACUUUUAACUUUGUCAACAGGAGUGGUCUACCUGUCGCCGUGGUGUUUCCAAUCUCCAAUGGAACAACUGAAAUUAUUAGACACUGGAUCUGCUGUAACCAUGCAGAGUUACAUGGCAUAUUUAAAAGACUUGAGGGGCCUCUUAGCUAAUCCUGGUUUACGUCAGUCUGUGAAACCAGAUGUGGCCAUAGUGACACAAAUUUUAGGAUAUUUUAAAAGCAGAUAUAUAGAAAGCGUUUUAAAUAAGUUUAUAAUAAGAAGAUAUAUCGUUGGAACUGCCAGUGGAGUUUUAGAAAUAUAUCCAGGAAUUAUGCUCGAUUCUGGUUUUGAUCCUAAAAGACGAAUAUGGUACAGAAACGCAUUGGAACAUCCUGGAAAAUUAAUUUUCACGCCUCCGUAUUUGGGGGCUGGCGGUUCAGGAUACGUUGUUACUUUGAGCCACACGGUUCAUCGUAAUUCUCAGUCAACUACGCGCGACGACGCUAUAGCUGUCCUGUCUAUGGACAUGACGAUGGGUUUUAUUUCGAGGCUGUUGAAAGAACUAUUUCCAUUUUGCAACGAUUCUACAGUAAAAUGUUUCUUGAUGGACGAUAAAGGAUACUUGGUAUCGCAUCCAGCUUUAUUAGAAACAGUUGGUAAAAUCGAGCAACAGCAUUUGACCAACAAAGAGUUACUAGUGGCGAAUGAUAUAUUGAAUCACGAGCUUUUCGUUAAAAAGAAAGCUUGCGCGAAUUAUUUGGACGGUACCGUGCAAAGGUACUAUCAAUUCAAUACGUCGCUCGACGAAGUUCUCACGAACAUAGUUCACGGCGAACAUUGCGUUAAGUAUCAGGUAGCAUCUGUACCAGGAACCAAUGUAUUCUUGGGCGUGGUUAACGUAACUUGUAAUUUAUUAAGAGCUUUCUGUCCGUGCAGCACUAUGGAUCGUUCCUGCUUAAACUGCAAAAGAAUGGAACAAACCGAGUGCGAAUGUCCGUGCGAGUGUGCCUUAUAUUUUUCCAACUGUGCAGAGUACAACAUUCACGAAAUACAUAAUUUAGAACCCUGCCCUGCGCCGUACGAACAAGGGGGGAAUUCGCAGAUGACUUACGUGCAGUCCACGAAUUUGAAAUCAUGUCCAUCUAUCGCGUGCAAAGUAUUUAAGACCGAGACCGAAUGCUUAGGAAUCGUAGGAUGUCAGUGGUGCCAUGUAGACAAUGACGGAGAAACGCCUUUGCAGGCUCCGUUUUGUAACGAUAUGUCUCGAUGUUUCAGAGGCAUCCUUGGAUCCUCUAUGCCCCUUAGCGACGGAACGUACAAUUCUCAGUCAACCGAGGAAAUCGCAGCGCGAGAAUGGCCAUCGGUUGGACCAGUAGCUGGUGGAAUACUGGCGUUCCUUCUGAUACUAGGAGUUCUGUUGUUCUGUUACAGGCUUCGUUCUGUACAGUCAGGCGUGGAACAUCAAUGUUUACACAUUCACACAUCGCCUGACAUGUUGCGUAUGACACACUUGGAAGGCGACGUUGAGCCUAUGGAGUUAGAUCAAACGAAAAAUAAUUUAGACUCUCUUAUAAGAGACGGUAUAGCCCCUAUAUCUCCGUACAGAGUAUCCACGAAUUAUAGGAAACCACCUGGUGGUGACAGCGACAAUGGAUAUAGUACAAUGACGCCCCAUGACGAUUCCGAACAACAAACGUUCGUAGAACCGCUGUUAGUUGUUGGUAAUAAUACAGAGUCAGAUUUAAGGAGACGAUCCAUUUGUCUUCCGUCCCCGACAACUCAUUUAGGUUCUCCCCAUCAUAUUCUAGCACCUGUCACGGUGCAUUGUAACAUGGAAGCAAAUUAUUGUUAACGACUGUAAGAUACAGUUAUUACAAGUGGAAAACUAUUGCAAAGUUUACAGUACGAGGUAUAACGUAAAGAAUAUUUUUCAAUUUUCAGAAAAGUUUUAUAAUUUUGAUAACGUUGUUUAUAGUUUUGUACAAGACGCAUUAGUAUAUAGACAUAAAGAUCUAGUAUUAUUUUAAUCGAUCGUUCGAGUUACAUUUAAAUGUUUGGGUAACGCUAUUUUACCGAUUAGUAUCUUAUUUAUUUAAACAGAUCGAUUACGAUAUGCUACAUGCAUUCGCGAUGCACAAGAAUAUUACAAUUUUCCUGAUGCGAUUAAAAAACGUGCGUAAUGUAGUUCACGGGUCACUGCAAUUCAUAGGUCGAAAUGUAAACUGGAGUAAGUGGCCAUUAUAAAUUUAAGAACACGUCCAUUCAUCCUACUCUAUCAUUAUGAAUAUGCUGGAUCAUAACGUAAAAUAAUCAUAUAUUUUUACAUAAGUUAGAAACACACCUUAUAAUUCAGACAGUUCGUAUUAUGAAAAUCGAUAAGUAUGAAUUUUAGCUGUUAAGUAGAAAUUUAUAUUAAUGUUAACUCUCUAGAUAUUUUAUACUUACUACAUCAUCG